AUGUUGAAGACAUUCCGCAAAUCCAAGCGGCUGUCCAACUCACUGAAUUCUUCCAAACACUCAAUCUCACGUGUGACUUCAACUCAGUACACAACCGACGAGUUGGACCUGGUGUUGAAAUCUCCCAAGAAGGUCAUCAAAGCAUUAUAUGACUACCUGCCCCAGGGUCCAGGUGAGCUCCGUUUCAACAAAGGCGACUUCUUCCAUGUUCUUGGUGAUGUUGAGACCGAAACAGAAGGUGAGGGCUGGUACGAUGCCACGAAUCCAGCCACUCAGCAACGAGGAAUGGUUCCAAUGUCUCACUUUGAGGUUUUCAACCGUACAAGGCCUGCCAACCCAGACCCUGGUCACAGCAUCGAGCAGAGUAAUCCAAUUAACGCCAAGUUACACCAUGUAGCGGCAGCUGGAGGCAAACAAUCCAACCAAACUCUUUAUGGAGUAACAUUGUAUGACUUCAAGGCUGAACGUGAAGAUGAGUUGGACAUUGUUCCUGGAGAGAAUUUGGUCAUCUGCGCCCACCAUGACUACGAGUGGUUUAUUGCCAAGCCAAUCACUCGUUUAGGUGGUCCUGGCCUAGUGCCUGCGCUGUAUGUUAAGAUCAUCGACAUGAUGCUGACUUCUCGUAACCUACAACCGGAUGACGAUGUUGUGUCGGUGAUCAAUCACUUCAAGAUUCCCACCGUCGAGGAAUGGAAAGAUCAGACUGCAAAGUACCAAGCACUGACUAUCCCAUUGGGCCACAUAUCCAACUCUUCCACCGCAGUAAUGUCUUCAAAUUCACAAUACUUUCAGAAAGAUACGCUGGGCUCCAACCGCUCACUGUUAACGCUGACUCGUACCACCAUUGUGGAGGCUUCAGUGGACUCCUACCACUUGGAGCAUGGCCGCUAUCAAUACUUGGUGACGGCAAGGCUCUCCAACGGAAAAACUCGCUACUUGUAUCGGUUCUACCAGGACUUCUACGACUUGCAGGUCAGGCUACUCGAGCUCUUCCCCUACGAGGCCGGAAAAAUCGAGAACUCCCGCCGUAUUAUCCCAUCUAUUCCUGGUCCUCUCAUCAAUGUCAAUGAUUCAAUUUCUAAAUUGCGCAGAGAGAAGUUGGACUACUACUUGCGCAACUUAAUUGCCUUGCCGCUGCAUAUUUCGCGCUGUGAAGACGUAUUGGCAUUAUUUGAGGUUAUCAAUAACGGCUUUGAUAAGGAAGUCACUGAUAAUAAGGCUGACCGCUCUUCCAAGCCAAUUAAGCAGCAGUCGAACUCUCAGCAGGACAGACUCUCACAAUACUCCAACAUGGCUCGCCAAGGUACCUCUACCCCACCGCUGCUGGAUUCUCCUUUGCAGAGAUCUACGUCAUCCUCUUCCACCAACUUGCUACACCAGACUGCCCCAGAGAAGCUGGCGAAAGUGAAGGUCAAGUUCUACUACGAAGACGACAUAUUUGUGUUGCUCCUUCCUGUUAACUUGCGUCUCCAAGACUUGAAGACAAAAUUGGUACGUCGGCUUGGCCUUGAGUCCGAGGAAGGAAAUGGUUCCGUUUACUUGUUCCUCAAACAUGACUAUGACGAGUUCAUGGACAACAAUAAUGCCACAUCAGAAGUGCUUGCGCCUGAGUUACGAGAAAGACUCUUCACAUUGGAGAUUGAUGACGACACAAAGUUCCAUGGCCUCUUGUAUGAUAAGUGUAAGGUUGUGAUUUUGUCUGGGUGA